AUGCUCGUGCAAAACGCCCAUGGUACUCGGAGUAAGAAUCACUGCGCCAUGACCAUCCCCCAAGAAACCGAUCAAUAUCUCCCGAUCCAGAGAGCCCUGCAACGCCUCAAUGAAGCUGCUGAACGAUGUGAGCAGACCCUUCUCAGUGACCAGGAUAAUAGUAUAGAAAAAUGCAGUGCCAGACAAACCGCUCGUGACGAUCUGGUUCUGGAGGCACUCAAGUUCCUCCAGAUUGCCCAAGGCCCUAUCGACGCCGCCGCUACUUGUUUCGAAAGGACGGCUCACCUCGCGAGCGUCCGCACCUUGCUGGAGAUGGGAGUCUUCGAAGCGCUCCCGACGGGGGGAGUAUCUCGCAGUACGACAGAGUUGGCGCAGGAACUGGAUGUCGAGGAGUCUCUUCUUGAUAGACUAGCCCGUCUUCUGAGAAAUUCCUCGCUGUACGGACCUUUCGAAGAGACCGGACCUGGCCAGUACCGCCACACCCCAUUCUCCGAGGCGUAUCUGCGCCCCGAGAUCCGCGGCAUGUUUCGAUUCGCGAUGGACGACCAUAUGCCCACCCAUCUUAAGCUGCAUGAAUUCCUCCAACGCAAUGGCUGGCGGGAACCUUCGUCCACCACUGACAAUCCGUACACGUAUGCCCACAAGACAAACGGGAAAAGUAUGUUUGAACACCUCUCUGAAAGGCCGGAGCGAAUGAAGGCGUUCAAUGACGGGAUGACGGUGCAGGCGAUGACGCCGCUGUGGAUGAUUGAUCUGUUCCCCUGGAGAACUUUAGCCCAGUUCAAGCCCAGCCCAAGCAACAUUGUCGCGGUUGAUAUAGGCGGCGGCAAGGGGAAGGCCAUCGACCGGAUCCGGUCUCUGUGUGAUGGCUUGCCGGGGCGGUAUAUCCUGCAGGAUCAGGCGCAUGUGGUCAAGAGUGUAGAUGGCUCAUUGGAUCCUGCGAUCGAGAGAAUGGCCUAUGAUUUCUUUACUGAGCAGCCUAUUCACGGUAAGAUGCGGUUUACAAGUGAAUCUUUCGCUUUAGCUCAUAAUGUUCACCUAGGAGCUCUAACCUACCUCAUCCGCCGUUGUCUCCACAACUGGCCCCAGGACAGCGUGGUUCGGAUCCUGAAGAAUAUCGCUGCGGCCAUGGAGCCAAAGAAGUCACGGCUUCUGAUUGAGGAGAUUGUCGUUCCGGCGGAGAAGGCCGGUGUCGAGGAAGGGUGGAUGGAUAUGAUCAUGAUGUCUCUGGGGGCCAAGCAAAGGACAUUGAAGGAGUGGGAGAUGGUGCUGGGUCUGGCUGGAUUGGAAGUCAAGAAAGUGUAUCAGAUUUCGGGGAAUUGCCACGGACUCAUUGAGGCCCAGCUGAAGUGA